GAAUCACGUGCUUUUACUUCAUCCCGGUAGGAGCGCGUGCAGUCGUUUGAAUUCAGCCCGUGGCGCGAGGGAUCUCAAUUCAGGGAUUAGAAAGAGAGAGGAUGGAAAUAUGCGAUUUUAGGAGGGGAAAAAAACAACCUGGUGGUCUAAAUGACUGGUUUUGACUGUCAUGAUAAUCUUGGAGAACUUUUGGAGAGAUGUAUCACAGCCACGGGAGUGCAGGUUUCACUUACGGACUUUAUACUGACAUGGCAGCUCGACUGGACCUGAACACCACCACCCACAUGCACAAGAAAAUCACAGAUCUGGUCACAUCCAGCUCCACUGCUGACUCGGUCACCUCCAGGCCAGAUGAUGAGUGGCUUCUCGAGUCUUCUGUAGUCUCAGAGUCUCUCGUCUCAGAAACAGAAUGCACCUGGGACACCAUGGCCUCAUUUCUGCCCUCUUCACUGCCAAACUGUCCAUGUCUCCUAUCACAGUGUUUUGGUCCAGAGCUGCUCCUUUCUGGGACACGAGAUAGAUCUCAGGAUCCAGAGAGAGAACCCAGCAGUCAGCGUACGUCCGUCGAGGAGUGUGAGAGGAGGCGAGCCCGCAGGGAAAGGAACAGAAUAGCGGCAGCUAGAUGUCGGGAUCGUCGACGCAUGCUUACGGACACGUUACAAAACGAGACUGAGCAGUUGGAGCGUGUGAAGGCUCAACUGGAGGCAGAGAUUGCUGGGCUGGAGAGAGAGAAAGAAAGGCUGGAGUUAGUUCUAGAGGCUCAUAAGCCUGCCUGUAAGAUGGAUGGCUCUAAUCCCGAAUAGCCCUCGACCCUUCAGAACUGAGUCUGCAGGUUCAGAUCAGUCCUGACAGCUGACAUUUUUAAGAAAGCUGGAAGGGGAAUCAUGUUACCAUGUUAAACACAAGUAACAUUAUAUUUUGCAUGUUGUUUACAAAUAGUACUGAAUAGUACGAUUUAAGUAGAAGUUUACUUUUGAAGAAAUCCUAUUUUUCAGUCUAAAAGGUUUAGAAAAGUUAAAUCAUCAAAAUAUUAGCCACCUCAGUGAAUAUGAACUUGUAUUAUUGGGCCAGCAUGGGCCUGACUUAGAACAGCCCAUAAAGAGAUAUAUGUCUAUUUUUAGUGUUCUUAAUGUUUUUCGUAGACUACACAUUUACCUGUGUCCAUUUUUUACAUCUACACUAUAUUGCCAAAAGUUUUGGGACGUCUGCCUUUACAUGCACAUGAAUGUAAUAUGGAGUUGCCCCGCCCUUUACAGCUAUAACAGCUUCAACUCUUCUGGGAAGGCUUUCCAUAAGGUUUAGGAGUGUGUUUAAGGGAAUUUUUGACCAUUCCUCUAGAAGCACAUUUGUGAGGUCAGACACUGAUGUUGGACGAGAAGGUCUGGCUCACAGUCUCCGCUCUAAUUCAUCCCAAAGGUGUUCUAUGGGGUUGAGGUCAGGACUCUGUGCAGGCCAGUCAAGUUCCUCCACAGCAAACUCACUCAUCCAUGUCUUUAUGGACCUUGCUUUGGUCACUGGUGUGCAGUCAUGUUGGAACAGGAAGGGGUCAUCCCCAAACUGUUCCCACAAAGAGCAUGAAAUUGUCCAAAAUGUCUUGGUAUGAAGCUGAAGCAUUAAGAGUUCCUUUCACUGGAACUAAGGGGCCGAACCCAACCCCUGAAAAACAACACCUGAAUUCAAUGAUUUGGAGGGGUGUCCCAAAACUUUUGGCAGUAUAUUGCAUUCAUCUAUUAAAACUCUUUUACUCCAGCCAUAAACCUUUACAAAAAAUGCUUAAUUUCAAUGGUUUUGUGCUCACUGGGACCAAAUUGUAGGCCCUCUGUCUUGCCUAGUGCUGGAAAAAUAAAACCUUUACAGAUGCAUAAUCACAAUAAAGAAUACCUUCUACAAAUUGUGGAACAUAACCCAGAUGUGGCCAGUAAAGUCUGUCGAUGAAACACAAUAAAGAUACUUAGUUGAUGCAUU